GAGGCACCGCUUAUAAACCUCUCUUUAGGAGGAAAAUAUUACAUUGAAGGAUCCUCUGUCACCAUGGCCUGUGAAGCUUCGGGGAAACCACCGCCGGAUGUAGCAUGGAUUAGAAAUGGAGUACUGGAAAGUUCAGGAAAGAAAUAUGCCUUCUUAAAGUUCGAUAAUAUAAACAGAACGGAUGCAGGACAAUAUACAUGUCGAGCCAAUAACUCAGUGGAAGUCACUUCCAUUAACACAACAAUUGUAGUCCAAUGUAAGUAUAUUGUAACCUUAAUUUUCUAUUUCUGAAUUUACUUUAUUUACAAUGUGAAUCCUGUUAUUGGGGUCAGUUACACAAAACUGACGAAUCUGGUCAAAAGUGUAAUGGAAACAGAAUUUCACCUCAAAUUCUUUCCGCUGGUCCCAACUAUUGGUUAGGACAAUUGAAUCUAGGUGGAAUCAUUGCUCACAUUAUUUUGCUUUGGAUGACAAUUUUUCUAAGCAAGUCAUUGCUUCAGUUGAACUGGGUUUACACGUAACUCAAAAAAUGGCUCAAAGCCAUUUCCGAGUAAUUGUGACAACCCAAAAUUCACUCCGUUUGACUAGGACACAAGGCUAGAGCAUAUUCUGAUUCUGUGUGAGGGCUCUGGUUGGGGCUUAAUGGAAAGCUGAGAAUUGGUAAAAAUUCUGAUUGUCCACUGAUAAAUUACAUUUUUUUUUAUAUAGCUAAGAUCAGCUGAUAGUCAAAAUGGGCUGAAACUAAAACCACAUGCCCAAGAUUUCCGCACAUAUGUGACGUUCGAAGAGAUCUAUUAUUUGACGGUUAGAAUCCACCACAUAUUUCAUUAUUCGUAAGCCUUGCCACCUUACACUGAAAACUCGACUGCCAAAUAACACAAAAUAGAUGGACUCGCUUUUUUUUUCAUUUAAAGACAUGAAAGGAAAAACAAAUGCUACGGAGCGGUGAUUGAUUUCCAUAACUUUCUGGUUUGAGAGGUACUUAAUUGUCUCAGUGUUUGCAUAUGCUCAGUCAUUCGACCUCUUUUGUCGGAAGCCGGUAAAAAGCAAGCAUGAACAGUAUGCUAAUCUCUAGAUUUUGAAGUCACUCGUCAUUAAGGAAAUUACACCGUACAAGCUUUCUUGGAGUGUACCACACAUAUAAAACAUGACCCGUUGCAACUGAAAGUACAGUACAAAGCCAGUUUAGUGGGGUCUACAUCUUACCCCUUCAUCAUUUUAUCAUUUAAUUUUAGUGGCUUUCAGCCGAUUUUAUGCAUUCAUGGUCUAUUUAUAAUUUGGAAAGCUAUCAGUUCUCAUCAGAUAAAAAAAAAUGACAACUGAGCAAGAAAACAAACAAAAACGAAGUAAAUGUCCAGAAAGGGCAUAUUGCCUAAGCCAACGAGAUUGGAGUAUUAGGGUUUGUUGCUCUCUCCGAUCACAUUUUGGCAUUAGGGUUUCACUUGUGCAAGUACAAAUCUAUUUUUGCCGGCGUUCUGUGACAAUCUUUUUAACAUACCAUAUUCAAUAUCUGCUUCUUCAAAAGUGAAAUUGAGUUUAAACGGUAAUUUCCCUUACCGCCUCUUGAUUAUUGCAGAGAAAUAUCUAUUGACAAAACACAUUGUUAUAAAUACUUGGAAUUUAUAACAGUAUGCAAACAGUUUUAGAGAUCGGUGAAACUGUUUGCCAAGACAGUAAUCUGCUUGUUGACACUUCAUCGUUGGAUAUAACUUAUACUAUUUUUGAUGCAAGUACAAGCACAGUGUUGUGCAAAAGUAAUGGAAACGAAAGUCACUGACUUUCGUCAAUUGUUCGCAUGAAAUUUCAUCGAACUCGGGAAGAUUCUCACUUGCACCACGCGUAAUUUCGCCGAAACAAAGAGCAAUAUUUCUUCGAAUUUUCAUUAGUGAACGAAAGUUUGUCAUGAAAAGCUUGGGAAAGACAAAACAAUUCUCUGCGCGACAUGCCCGAUCUUCAUGUCAUGUAAUGAGCACGAAACAAGAUAUUAAAAUCUCUCCCCACAGAAGGUUCCAAACGCUUGUGUGAACUGUGCUCAUCGUGUUUUGAUUAUAUCUACGAUGCGUUUAACAAAAUAAAAUUUUGGAUUAAAGAAGGAAGGCGAAUUCGAGCAAAUAUUUGAGAAGCACGUGUGUCUAAAGUGUCCAACAAAUUCAGGAAAGCGUAAAAAAAAGGGAAAUUGACUGGAUGGCGAGACACGUUGAAUUUAGUUGGAUAAAAUCGUGCACGAGCUGUUUCUCAUAUAGAGAUCCAUGGAAUUUGUUUGAGUGGCUAUUGAGCUUUAAGAUGUUCCUAAGCUCAUAGAAAUAGUUCUUGCUCUUUUUAAAAUUUGUCUCAAUGAGUUCACCCAUAAUGAACACUGGCUAUGAAAAUGCGUGUUUGCCCACGUCUGUUUUCCCUUGGUCAAUAAAGUCACUCUUUUCUUCCGUCGUGUUGAAAUUUAAAGUUAAGAGUUUUGCAUUGAUUUGCAGUUUUUCGCGCAGUUUCAUUCCUUAGUUUGACCUAAGCUUUCUGGAAUAUGGCCUCUACAUAAGGGAAGGGAAGGGAAGCUCUGUUCCUCAGAAAGUUCCUAGACAAAUACAUCAUCCUGGUAUCAAUUGAGCAGAAUAAGGAAUGUCUUAGAUUCAAAAUGAGUUUUCACUGUUUUGAGAGAUGAGAUCCUCCCACAUGCAGCCUCUAGGACACUGCUGCACUCAUCCUCUGGCUCAAAAUUAAUUUCAUCAGAUAUUCUGCAUGAAUGACAACGUUUUUAUGUCUGAUUCACAAAUUGCUUAGUUUAGUUACCAGAGGAUUUAUGAUAGCUCUCCUGGUAACACUACAGUUGGUGCUAUUUUUCUUGCUGCAGUAAUGCCAUUGUUUUUCAGCAUACAAUAUGUGAGUUAAAGUAUUUUUCUUUUAGUCAGCAUCUUUACCAUUGGUGGAUGACUUGCUGCAAUUUUCCAUUACAAAAGCGUUAUAUUUUCAGACCAAGGCACUCGAUUGAUUGAUACUAGAUUAACCCACACACAAGAUUAACCCUUCCUUGUUGCAUUAUCAUGUACCCUCUAGACUUUUACAAAGGGUUAUGAUUUAUGACCAGCGGGAAUGUAUGAGCCAUGAAAUAAACAGAUGUUAAUAUUUAAUUUGAUUUACAUUUUUAGACAAACCCGAAGGUGCAAGGCUCAUUACCAAUGCUUCACAAAAUACCGUCACUGAAGGGGACACAGUUACAUUCAUGUGCAUAGUUAUGGCUGCUGUCAAGUGUCAAUUUACAAGUUCUAUUUCAAUGGCCGCCUCCUUGGUGGGAACAACAACAGUGAGUAUACUCUGAAUAAGGUCAAUCGAUCUCAGCACUAUGGCGAGUACAAAUGUGUCCCACAAAAUGACGCUGGAGAUGGAGCAGAAGCCACUGUGAGACUUGACAUAAAUGGUGGGUAGAAACAUCUUUGAGCAUUUUUGAGUAAUUUGGAAUUAUAAUCCAAAACAGUAGAAACGUUUUUUACCAGUAAUGAAACUUUCCACACCUUGAAUCAUUACAACCCCUAACAGGGAAGAAUAGAGACCCUGGUAUUGAGAUUGACAUGUCUCCAGCUGAAGAGGUGUCUCCCUUGCAAGUAUUACUCAGCUUGCCACACAAUGCUCCUCCCUAAGGUACUUGAGAAAAGUGCUGAUGAAGGAUGUAUGACCUAAAAAAUUUAGCCAAUACCUAAUAACAAAUGGGUGCCUAAUAGUAAAACUUGGGCUUGAUGAUAAUGAAGUGGUGUGUGAUAACGAUGGACUUGUGCCUAAUAAUGUUGGACAGGUGCCUAAUAAUGAUGAACCGGUGCCUAAUAAUGAUGAACGGGUAUCUAAUAAUAAAACCAUAUGUUUACUUAUGAUGAACUUGUGUCUAAUGAUAAUGAAACAAGCCAAAUAAUGAUUCCCAAGAGUAUAAUGGGGAUGAAAUGUUCACUGAUUUGGGGAAAUGACACUCCAUGGCAGUGCUCGCCAGGCAAAAUUUGGUUUGUUACCUUAGACUGUUGUCAGACACAAGAAGUCUGUAAGUUUGUACAGCUUUUUUGGGAGCCUAUAUAAGGUUUUACAUUUUAUUUUUACUGUGUAGCAGAUUACCUGGAAUUUAGGUGUAAGUUUGAGAUUAACCCUAGGUCUCAUUAUGUAAAAAAAAAAAAAGAAGAAGACAAACCAUGAUUCCAAAGCAAUUAUCCUGUGUCCGCCAAAAACUGUAAACUUAUUCUUGUUAUUAGAGUAUUUUAAAACUGAUGCAAAUUCCGAUUAGCUGACAUAGUGAAAGUUUGUUUCCACUUUUUUAUAUAUUUUUUUAGGUAUGUGCUACACUUUAUAAUCUUAUUUCUAUAGCGUAAAAGCUGGAUGGUUUUGAACCAAAUCACACUCUAAUGUUAUGGUGUGAAAAUUUGUUGUUUUUCUCUUCUUACCUAGUUCCUGUCCAGUUUACAGAAGUGCCACAGAAUAUAACAGUUAACACGUCAACUCCUCUGUUUUUGAGUUGUGAUGCCUCGGGUUUUCCUGAACCUCAGAUAAGAUGGGAAAAAUCUGGGAUUAAUUUGUCCCGCACCAAACAGUUGAACAUCACCAGCAGUAACAGGAACGAUGCAGGAGAAUAUGUUUGCAUCGCAGGCAAUGGGGGGAGACAGGAAAAGACAGUAAGAGCUUAUGUCACUGUGCAAUCUAAGUCUUCAUUUCAGUAUGUCAUAAAAUGCCGCCACCCUGUAUUUAUUGGUCAGUUGCCAAAGUCCCCAAUUUUUUUAUCAUUAAUCAUUGUAAAUUUAACUUCUUUUUGUGGUCACCUCUAUUAAGUGGUCUUGGUCACCUUUGAUUGAGUGACAACAACCUGUUUGUAUUGUCUUCCACUUGUAAUGAACGGUCACAUAAAAAGGAACCACUCAAUUAAAACUAAAAAUUAUUUUUUGAGUAAAAUGUAAUCCAUGUUUCUCUCCCAAAUUUAAUUUUAAUAGUAUUUUUAACAAGUUUUUGUGCAUAAAGUGAUCAAUUAUGACAUAAAAUGGCAUUUUUUAUUGUUUUCAAUAUUACUCUUAUUCUGUGGAACCCCAUCUCCUGAGGAUGACCACUCAAUACAGGUUUGACUGUUCCUUAAUUCCCCCUUUUUUCAAAAUGUUGCAAUUGAAAAAAAAUUCUAAGAAAUAAAUGCACAUUUUUUUCCAAUAAAAAAGUGAUGACAGAAUAAAUUAUAAGGAGAAAGGAUCAGCACAAUAAGUCCUUGUUUCACUUUCGCACCCUAAAGAAAAAGUAGUGUUCUUUCGAUGUGAAAUAUACAUACAUCAUGCAUCAGCUCUUUGAUAAGAAGAGAAAAACUGUGCAUAUUCUCAAAACUGCAACGUUUUAGAUAACAGGUGUAUUAAUAUGCAUAGAUGUACAAAUUUCACUAAAAGAUACUCCAAAAAAACAACAUACCCAAAGUCAAUAUUCAAGAAAAAACCCUUUCAAAAUUGACAAUUUCCUCAACCUCACCCACUACUAGUCUAAUUAUUGCAACCCAAUCACAUAACCAAUUCUCUCAAAUCUUAUGAUUUUUUGAUAGUGUGUACUUUUUCCUAUGGCCAGCUUUUCUUAGAAUUUAUCUUUUACAAGCUGACAUCUGAGAAGAAUCACUGCUUAUUCUCAGAUGUCUUGAAGACCACACUGGCAAUUUGCCCCAUUGUAGGCAAACCCUACAACUGAUUAAAUUUAAUUUGAUCAAAAACACGAAAGGCAUUGGAUGAAAUUAGCCUCCCCUCAAGUCUACCUUCUUAAAUAUUCUGUGAUCUUUUUUCUACCGAAUGGUGAAGUCUAUAGUUUCCCUUCUUUCACUGUCUUCUGUUUAUUUGUUUGUUUGCUUUCCUAACAGUCUUAAAUAUAGUGCUACUAAGGAAUGUGAGGGGCAAAUAAAAUGUCACAGUCAUCACAGACGUUAUGUAUUCAGUUUUAUACAUGCAGAGUAUUGCUUGAAUAUAUCACUGCAGUAAGUGCAAUUGCCUGGUAAACAAUAUGCUAUUCUUCCACUUAGGAGGAAGCUUCGUGUACACAAAAUUUGAAGUUCAGGGCUUUCGGUAGCUUAGUCGGCUACUAAGAUCCACCGAGUACAAUAGCUGUACCAAACAUAAUUUUUAAAUACACCUCUAUAAUAAUAGAUGUACACAACUGACAUGUAUGAGUGAAGCAUGUCAAGCAUUAAGCCAGUCAAUUGUUCUUAUGUAGAAUAAAGUUUCAAAAUUAUUGAAAUAAAAUUAAUCUCUUAAUAACAAAUGUGUAAUAUCUCUUUAAAAGAUUAAAAAAGCCACGUCAUUUAUGAAUUUUCAAACAAUAAACGCCAAAAAAACUUAAAGAUGGAAUUUAAAAAAAUGCGAAAAUAUGACCCAUCUUUUGACUGAGAUUUUAAUCGUUGACCGACACGCAGAGGCCAAAGCAAUAAAAAAUUGCAGACUCGAGAGAGAAUCAUACGAAAUCACUGACACCUGCUCACCUGACUUCAAUUUCUGGAGAGUAAAUUCUGCGACACUUCAGUCUUAUCUUCUCACACAUGAAUUAAAACAUAAAUUUAAUUAUUUGCAAGCAGUUUAGGGGUAAAAUUAAAUGUUAAAUUUUACAUGAAAAGAAACACAUUACAGUAAAAUAAAGCAGAAUUAUAUUACCUUUAUGUUUAGGCUUCUGAAUAAAGCUACAAUAGGAAUAAGACAUGCAAUUGUUUGCCCAUGUAAACUGGGUGCAAUAGACGGCCGUAUAGGAAAUUUUACGCAAACGACAUUACAUCCUUUAAGUUGACAUGUACUAAAUCCCGAAACAGCGAAACGAAACGACUGAAAUGGAACAAACGAAACGAACAAAACGAAACUAAACAAGCGAAAUCACCGAAACGACAAAACGAAACGAACCCAACGACCAUACUGAAACGACCGAAACGACCACAACGAAAUGACAGAAACUAUCAAAAUAAUAUACAACUUGAAGGAUGCAAUAUGUUUCUGCUUUACUUUAUUUAGGAAGAGGUCCCAUUUUCAGUGAGACAAAAAGCAUUUCCUGUAUUUUGAACGAAUCGAGUAGAAAGCAUAAAAAUAUAUCGAUGAAAAAUUACCAUGUCCAAAGAAUGCAGCUCACUCUUUAUACGUAGAACUAAAUCCAUGAAACCCGCGAGUUUGUUUGCAUCACAUUUUAGCGGUUCAUAAUUUCUUAGAAGUUUGACGGGUCCUCACAUGACGAUAUAGUCAAAAUCAAGUUACUGCGUCAGACUACUAUAUGAAUAACAAGUAAACCUAGCUAUAGUUAACUAAAGAGCAAAUGAUAGAAGCUUGCUUACGCCGCUCGCUACUAUUUGAAAACUUUCUGGGCAAAAAUGCUUGUCCAGAUUUCAUAAAGAAGUAAUCCGAAAGUUAAUUUCUUUUGCCUUUACACCACGACUGAAUUAAACAUUCCAAUCGAAAUAAUUUGGAGAAUUAAAACAGUCUGAAAUGUUGUUUAAGCAAUGAACGGCUGGAAGGUUUACAUCUACUUCUACUUUUAUUAAUUUGGUAAAAUCUGUACAGGCAUCACACCAACCAACCCGCGUGCAAAGUGAGAAGACUAUAUGAAGGCUUAAAAUUAUAUUAAGAACGAUUUUGAUCAAGAAACGGGCCAGUAAUAUUCCACAAUAGUGCAAAUAAUCGUGAAAGCUGAUCGUGGAAAAGCGAUUGCGUGACGCUCGGUAAGUUGUAAGAUGACAUGUUAUCACAAACCAGACGAAAAAACACUUUAAAUUCUUAGUCUGCCUUUUGUGCCCACUCUGCAGUCUACAUUUUUUACCUAGUCUAUAUUUUGUAUCCGGUCUGUACUUUGCAUUUUGCAGUCUGCAGUCUUCCUUUUUUCCUAACAGGUAUCCGUGGCAUCGAUACUGUUUAUUUUUAGUUACAGUUAUUCGCACAACACACACAAUCGAUCACAAAAUACCUGUGUGUGUGAGUUAAUUCGACGUUUUCGUUCUUUUUCGCGCCAAUAUUCUUUCCUUUCGUAAAAAUGUAGACAUCACUUAAAAUGUUUCAAUUAAUCCGCCCACCCAAAAAAACAACUCUUGCAUGCGUAGCAUGCCUAUGUUUUUAUAAGUAUAGGCUACGCUUCCUUAGCGAAAGUCCCAUUGAUUAGUUCAAUUAUAAAAAAAUACCUCGCGUUUUAACUUUCUGAGUUAUAUUUUGUGAAUGCUUGAAAUUAAUUAAAAACGAUUUUUAGGCCGCGAGUCAAUCCAUUUAAUGGCAUAAUUUUUCUACCAAAAAUUAUCUUUUAAAUUAUUAUUUUGCUGGCAUUUAAAGCGAUUUGGGAGAGAGAGAGAAAAGAGAGCAUCAAAAAGUUAGACAUAGUUUGAUGCUACUCUGGUUUGCAGAUUUAAUGAAUGUAACUGAAGAAGUUACAAUUCAUAGACCUAACGUUUCGACACUCCUGUCUAGUGCCUUCAUCAGGGGUGAUCUAAAAGCUGCAACAAGAGGUCCUUUUAUAUGACCACUAAUUAGCGGCCUUUUUUCUGACGAGGUGUAAAUGGCCGUCAGGAAGCAAACCACCAUUGUCACGAUUUAAAGGAGCGUGGGCGGAGUUAAUAUGCCAAGCCUCCAAACAAUGGCGCUGGUGGUAACGCCGAUUAGUGGUGAUAAUUUUAGAAUUAUCCCACCCAAUUGUAUGGUUGGUUAAACAUGUAUGCUCCGAUAAAGCUGAAUUUUCCUUUUUGCAAAGAAAAACCGCUUUUUGGUGCUCUUUUAACCGUGUACCAAACUGACGUUCGGUCUGUCCGAUGUAUUCGUUGUCACAGUCAUUGCAAGGAAUAGAAUAAAUGGCGUCGGUUCGUUUUUCUUUCGUGACAGGAUCCUUAGGUUUGGCGAAAAUAUGCCCCAAAGUCUGAAAGGGUUUUUGAGCAUCUUUAACGUUGUGGCUAUUCAAAAUUCUCUUGAUGGGUUCCGUAACACCCUGUAUGUAAGGAAUAACAGCAAAACCAGUCGCUGGUUCCCUUUCAUCAAGAGCGUUACUAUUUGUACCUGGUUUUUGGCAGUUACGGAGAAAAGUUUUGUAUAGCCAUUUGCCUUUAGGACAUUGGAAACAUAUUUCUCCUCAGCCUUCGAAUCGAGUGAAGAUGGUAGACAGUCAGCCCUCCUAAGUAAAGUUUUGGCUGCAGACUUUUUAUGGCAAAUAGGGUGGUGAGAAUCGAAAGCGAGGUAUUUGUCGGUGUGGGUAGGUUUACGGUAGACACUUGUCUCUAAAUUACCCUGAACCCCUCUUUAAAUCAAGAAAGGGCAAAUGUCUAUCCUUUUCGCGCUUAAGGGUGAAUUGGAUCGACGGCUCUACUGAAUUCAAAUGCGACAAGAGGCGCUCCGCUUCAUUUCCGGAUACCGCAGAAAUAACAUCAUCGACAUAUCGUUUCCAGAAAAAGGGUUUAACCAGUGAAGUGGCUAAGGCCCUUUGUUCCACGUCUUCCAUUACCAUGUUAGCAAUGACAGCAGAGACGGGCGAACCCAUCGCUGUACCAAAAACUUUUUGAUAGUAGGUGCCGUUAUAUGUCAAUUGCGUGGUUUUGAGGCAAAAAGACAGCAGAUGAAUAAUAUCCUCCACAGGCAAAGAAGUUCUUUGUCCCAGGGAAGCAUCCUCUCUGAGUCUUUCCUCCGCAACCUUAACGGCAAGAUCAACUGGGAUUUUGGUGAAGAGCGAAAUAACGUCGAAAGAUACUAAUUCUUCACAAGCGUUAAGAGUUUUAUCUCUUAUGAAAUCCGCAAAUUCGCAGGAAUUUUUGACAGUGUAAUCAGUAUUCCCAACAACAGGCGACAAAAUUCUCGCAAGACAAUGGGUCUCAAAGGAAUUCCCGGUUUAUGAAUUUUAGGUAAGCCAUAAAAACGUGGACAUAAGCCGUCACCACUGUAUAACAUUUUGUACGUAGAGUCACUAAUUCUACCAGCUUUUUUCAAAUCAAGCAACAUUUUGUUUACCUUUCUUUGAGUUUUGCUGGUAGGAUCAGAGUUUAAGACAGCAUACGUACUCUUGUUAUUAAGCAGAGACAAAGCUUUGUCGUGAUAUUGCUGUUUGUCCAUAACCACAACACAAUUACCCUUGUCAGCAGACAAUACGAGCCUGUCCGGAUCCUUUUUGAGAGCUAUAAGCGCAUUGAAAACAUCCUUUUGAAUGUUUUUGGGAGGAGGUUUAGCACGCCUGAGUAUGCUACUUACUUCUGCUCUUACCAAAUGCCUACGAUCGUCGUUGCGAUACUCUCCUCAACAGCGGCGACAAUUUCGGCAGUCGGUAUUUUGCGAGGAGUAAUAGCAAACUUCAGACCCUUCUCUAAACCACUCCGUUCCAGCGAGGAUAUCUCCUUGGAGGAAAGGUUCAUGACCCAUUUAUCUUUCAGAGAUGAGCCUGAAUUAACAGGAGACCGCAAGUGACGGAGUUUUCUGUCGUGUUUCUCUCUCUGUUUGGUAAACGUCUGCAGUUCUUUCGAACUGCAGAACUCCUCGACCCAGGAAGUUUCGGAGUUGUUAAUCAAAGCAGAAAGCUCACUGAGUGAACGAGAGAAUAACCCACGCAAACGCAGUAUGGAACUGUGACAUUCAUCUAUUCGUAGCUUAAGAAAAGAAAAACCAGUAUGGACCAUGAGCUUGUAUCCUUUAGCACUCCGUACUUAAGGACCUCUUGAGGAUCUCUUAAGGACCUCUUGAGGAUCUCUUAAGGACCUCUUGUUGCAGCGUUUAGAUCACCCCUGAUGAAGGCACGAGACAGGAGUGUCGAAACGUUGGGUCUAUGAAUUGUAACUUCUUCAGUUACAUUCAUUAAAUCUGCAAACCAGAGUAGCAUCAAACUAUGUCUGAUUGUCCACCUGGUUGCCGUGUGAACUUUAAUAUAUUAAAAAGUUAUUUACCAGCUUGAGGCCGUGACCUUCGUCUUUCCUUGAAAAGAAUGUCCAGCCGGCAAAACGAAAUUUAUUUAUAAAGAAUGGCAACAAAGGAACGGAUUACUCUGCGACUUACGGAAGUGUUGCCGUGCCAGUGGAUAGAGAUAAGGAAAUACGGACCGCGCUAAGUACCCAAUAGAUUGCAGGAUUCGUGACAGUGCCCUCUGAGAAAAAAAAUACACCUUAUUUUAGCUAGUUGCAAAGUAAUUUUUCCUAGCCCUGAAGAGGCGAGAAAAAAUACGAGCAAUGAGCAAAAUUUUUGCUCCCAUUAUAUGUUAAACCAUCGAAUAAGGGAUUUUUUAUUCCACUAUUAUUUUCAAUUUUUAGUAUUUUAAGUUUAGUAUGUGAAUUACAUCUUACGGCCUAAUCCGUAGCAAUCGCAUAAGGUGUACUUCAAAGACGAAAACAGCUACGACUAAACCAUUAAAGUGUUCUUUGUGUUCUUUCCUGCUUAAAAGUUCGCUUCUUUAAAAGUCAAUUUUAAAAAACAAAAAAAGUUUGGAUCGUCCAGUCCGACCAAUAUGUUGCUACGUAUUUUUGCCUUGUUGUAAAGUGUAAUAUUUUGCAUAUUUUGCUGUCAAUGACACAGUACUGGAAUGAUAAAGCUCGUUAAUGUUUUGAUUUGUAUGAAGUAUCACCAAUUACUUGUUCAAUUGCUUAUUGCAUUUUCAUUUAUUCUUAGACCCGCCCACAAUUCAAAAUAUAACCACGUCAUCUAAGAAGUCUUGGACUGGCCAGACAGUGACUUUGAAAUGUCUUUCUGAUGGUGUUCCUACACCAACACUCUCUUGGUACAAACCUGAAAGAAGUGAAAUAAACAGAGUCAGAGCCAGAGAAAACAAAGUACAAGUGCCACUCAUAAGUGAUCAAGAUUUUGGUCAUUACAAGUGCAUUGCUGCCAAUGGACUUACUCCAUCUGAUGAGGAGUUAAUAAAGAUAAAUCAGAUAAGUAAGUAACAAAGAUCAGUGUAUUUGGUAACAGAAAAACUACAUAUAACGUCAGCAUUUUAUUUUGCUUUUACUCAUUACCACUGUUUCUGGUGUAUUAGAAAUAAAAGCUGUCGACGCCUUGCCCUUUGGCAGCAUUAAACACGUUACAAAAAAACGUCGAACAUCAGGUAGAUUGAUGACAUCCUCCCAUGCGAGUAUUAGUGUAGUAAUACAAGUACUUGCGUCCAUCUUAAGUAUUGUGACGAAAGUCGCUUUGAGGUAAUCACCAAAAAAAUUCUCCUUGCUUUUUUUUUUUGCUCAAAAUGAUCCCUUUUUUAUGGCACUAUGUAGAGAAACCAGGGAAAACAUCCAUCAACUCAUCAGAAUCAGUCAUUCAAGCAACUGUUAUAACAAUACGAUGGACUGCACCAGCUGAUGAUGGAGGAAGUCCAAUUACAGGAUACCGACUGAUCUUACAAAAGGGUGAAACUGAGAUAGAAAAGGAUAAUAUUACCGAUUCUGGGACAACAAGUUAUUCGUUUCGUGGUUUGGAGAGAAAUACCAACUACACAGUGUAACUGUUUUCCAGAAAUUUUGUAUUCGAGGGAGAUCCCACUGUAAGGAGAAUUAGGACUAUAUUUGAAGGUGAGGAACCACAAGUGAUGUCGUGACUGAGCACUUUACAUCAAUUAUUUUUUUGCUAACUUAGAUUUUUCCCAGUUUUAACAAUAUUAUAUGCUCGCCGCAUUAUAAGUGUUUGUCCCCUCCUUAGUGGCCAGUUUCUUUUCCUUUCUAAUGGUUAUUUGAGAGGUACCCGCGUUUGAAGAAGCCUACUAAUAAAUAAACCACAAGUGAAAGUAGGUGAGAUGAAAAAAAACUUAACGGUUUCCGUUUCAGAUACCACGCCGACCUUUUAUUUCAAAUUACCUUACAUUGGCCCUUUUUCUGUUGUCAUGCAAAAAAGGUCUCGCCACUUUGCUGAGCGUUAUUGUGAUAACAUAGAUAUAAAGUUGGCUUUUUAAUCUUUUAAAAUAGGUAAUAUGUUUGUUGUGAAAGACCCUAUCCCUCGUGGGCUCCGUACGUGUGUGGUUUUCAAGUUGUAGUGCCUGUUUUGUCGGCUAAACCUCUCGGCAUUUAUCCACACGUGUGCGUGAGCACUUGGUCUGUGAUAGAACCUCUCACAUUUUCAGACAUUUCCAAAAUUCUCAACAAUGUCGUGCUUUAUAUUCUGAUGAGUGUUUUAGCAUCUUAUAUCACGCUUCCAAAACUAUCCAACUUAAAAUCAAAGAAGCUAUUUACAUUCAGAGAGGGCAAGCUACACUUAAUCAUCAACUUUGUCUUGUUAAUUUGAAACUUACCUUGUAAUUGCAUAUAUUGUUCUGUUUCUAUCGUUUGUUUUGUCCAAUCAGCAUUUUUUUAUACAGUGUAAAUUCAACUUUGUAAUUUGUAUUAAGCAGAACUGAAGAUGACAGAAGAACUGUCGAAACGUGUUUUUGGAAGUCAUUUAUUUUCUUAAACCAACUGUCCCUUUUGACGGUGAACGUACUAAGUCAUGCGCGAUGUCAAACUUUGAAAAAUAGAAAAUAGUUAGUUCCUUUCCGUAAUUACGUGACACAAAUGAGUGGUGAAUUGCGACGUCAUCUUUGCAUCGUCCUUCAUUUGAUCAUAUGUAAGUAGCAAUUAAAUGCCAGUAGAGAUCAGUGUAUCAUUCCGCUUCACUUUGUAAAUGCAUUAUUUGUUUUAGGCUACAACCAACCAUUAUUUCAGGCUUUUCAUUAUCACUUUUUGUCCCUUCAAAUUAUUUUGACUUCAUCUCAAUACUUAACUUAAUUUUUCUUGCUAUACACUUUCGUUUGAAAAGUAUCCCCUAAAAGAUCCUCGACCAAGUUACAGAUUAUUUAAUCACUGAUAAUGGUUGUGACCAGGUUUCUGACAAGAUGUCGAAUAAUUAUUAGAAAUUUGAUGCUGUUCAUGUUGUUGACAUCAAUCUAGGAGCCCCUGAUGUGGUCGAAAUAGACAAACUGCCAGGUGAAACAACAAACGAUACAAUUACCCUAAAGUGGAAGGAGCCAGAAAGUAAUGGAAGAGUUAUUACCAUGUAUAUAGUGUACCUAAGAGUGAUGACUGAUGGGAAAGUGGGACAGCGGACAAUAAUAAAGAAAAUCAGCGAUGCUUCUGUGAGAGAAUUGAAAAUACCGUUGGAGAGAGGAAAGGUGUAUCAGUUUGCCAUUACUGCAACUAAUGAGCUUGGUGAAAGCCUAAAACAAGAGAAAGCAAAUAUCCAGCAGGUCAAGACAGAAGGAAGUUUGUUCAAAUGA